AUGGCUCAGCAAUUACAUCCAGAGUUAACAGAUUUCAAAAACGCCCAUGCUAAGGAUAUCAUUAAUACCUCCCUAAGCAGGUACUGCCUCUUCCAUAAAGAUCACGGCCAUACGAUCGCUGAAUGCCACAACCUGCACAAUCAGAUCCAAGCCCUCAUGAGAAGUGGAAGGCUUUCCCAAUACAUUAAAGAGGCAGGCAGACCCGGCACCUCGCGGCAUAAUCCUGCUUCUGCCCCAACACCACAAGCGUCAGAUCUCGUGCACACAUCCUCUGCUAGCCCUCAAGAGCCUCUUAAGCAAGUCCCUAUGAUACAUGGGAUUGUGGAACUUACUGAGAACCAAGAACAUGUCACCAAAAUCCAUAAGAGGAUGGAGGAACGGCUGAAGCGAUGCAAAUCAUUAGGCCACACAGUCAAUCUUGUCACUUCAGAGGACAGAAGUUAUCCAGCCUCUGCAAUCGCCUUUACCGACGAUGACCUGAAAGGAGUUCACCUACCUCAUGACGAUCCACUCGUCAUUUAA